AUGCUUACAAUGUCCGCUGCCGUUGGUGACAUGUACUUCCUCAACGCGUCCAUGAAAAUGGAACAACAGAAACAAUACCGUAAACGUCACCACUCGGAUUCUUCUGAUGAUGACGUCUCCAGCCCGAAAUCGGCAUCGCCAUCAAUGGACGACGAUCGACGUGCCCAUCACAACGAGCUUGAGCGUAGAAGACGGGAUCAUAUCAAAGAUCAUUUCGUGAUCCUCAAGGACUCCAUUCCACUUCUUGAAGGAGAGAAAUCAUCCCGUGCCUUGAUCUUGAAACGAGCUGUUGAAUACAUCAGUGUUAUGCAAUCUCGACUCGAUGACAACCAGAGAUGCAUGGAGGAGCUCCGCCGAAGAAACGAGCUUCUUGAGGAGAAACUUCUGGAACGCGACACUUCUAGAUCUCCAUCUUCUGGAUCAUCUCGUCUUCCUUCCCUUGGAGGCACCCAAAUUGGAGCCACCCAAAUCCAAAUGCCACAACUCACCAUGCCAGUCGCCGCUCCAAUUCAACAGAUCCCACAGAUUGCUCAGAUCCCACAAAUCCCACAAACUACAAAUCCGCUCGCCUUAUCCACAAUGGAUCCAGCUCAACUCAACAGCCUGAUUGUAUCAUCUCAGGAUGCCAUCAUCGCUCUCACCCAGAGCUUGAUCGGAAAGAUCCAAACAACGAGUCCAACGCUCCCGGAAUCCGUUUCAGUCUCCCCGCCAGCUGGACUGUACCCACUUGCAUUUUCUCCGAUGGAGCAGCCAAUGGCUGUCAGAUUCUGA